AUGGAGGAGGACAAGCAGAACCCGGAGCACCGGAGCAACAAGGUCCGGAGAAGACAAGCAGCAGGCUCGUCCUCUGAUAGCAGCGAUGUUGAGUGCCCUCAAAGCCCAUCAACGAUUCACAUUGAAGGGGAACUGUCCAGUUUUUUCCAAAGUGGGAAGGAUUUCACAAAGUCACGGACCUCAAGAAAACAAGACAUUGACACAGCAGAGAAACCUUUUAGCUGUGAUCAAUGUGGCAAAGCUUUCACGCGAUCAAGAUACUUGAAAGCCCAUCAACACAGUCACACAGGAGAGAAGUUGUAUAGCUGUGAUCAAUGUGGCAAAACUUUCACGCGAUCAAAAUACUUGAAAGCCCAUCAACACAGUCACACAGGAGAGAAGCCAUACGGGUGCAACCAAUGUGGGAAAAAGUUUUCCCAUAUCAGAACCUUAAUAUCUCAUAAACAUAUUCACACAGGAGAGAAACCGUACAGCUGUGAUCUAUGUGGCAAAGCCUUUGCAUGGUCAGGGGCCUUGAAAGUCCACCAACGUAUUCAUACAGGAGAGAAACCGUACAGCUGUGAUCUAUGUGGCAAAGCCUUUGCAUGGUCAGGGACCUUAAAAAUCCACCAACGUAUUCACACAGGAGAGAAACCAUACAGCUGUGAUCAAUGUGGCAAAGCCUUUGCACAGUCAGGGGCCUUAAAAGACCACCAACGUAUUCACACAGGAGAGAAACCGUACUGGUGUGAUCAAUGUGGAAGAUUAUUUGCCCGGUGCAGUAAUUUGAGUGCCCAUCAAUGCCGGCAUGCAGGAGAGAACUCGUACAGCUGUGACUAGUGUGAGAAAGUUUUUGUUGAACGGUAUGACCUAAAAAUCCACCAACGUGUUCACACCAGAGAGAACCCGUCCUGAUGUGACCAGUGUUGGUAGUGACAUUAAAGCCCACAAAUGUGUUUUUGGACAUUUUCAGGGCCAGGCAAACAUCUUCCACCUGCUUCCUACUUUUGUCUUUGAUUAUUUUUAUCUGUUUUUUAUUUCAACUGUAACCCUAUGUUGGACCACCAGAUUCCUCCCUGUAGGACUCCCAUGUGUGAGAGCUGACCACAAACUUUUCAAAAUCAAUCAUGCAACUGUCCGGGGCAAUGUUGCAGCUCACAGUGCACCCGACCCUGAAGCGUAUCUCUGCGACUGGUGAGCCCACGGGAUGGUGACUCCAUGUUGAUCUUUGGGACUGUGCCCCACGAGCCCCAUGAGUCAAGUCCAUGUAGAUAUAUAUAGGCUGAUUGACCAAAUAAGCAUUUGAAAACUGAUAUUGAUGCCUCUUACCAUGGCUGUGAUCAAAGUAUUUGCAUCAGCCUGAGACCUCUAUCACAG